CAACCCACUUCAGAAUAAACCCUUUCAUCUCCUCUCUCAGGAUUCACAUUCCACUUUUACUCGCCAUAAUGCCGGUACGGGGAUUUAAUUCUUGGGAAAAAACGUUAUUACAACACCCUCAAAUCGCACUGGAGGUACUCUCUGUCUCAGGUGGUCGUCCUAUUGAAAAUGGCAAGUUAGGGAUUAUAAAGAUGCCGUCCGAUUAUGUUGUCGCUGAUACUGACUUAGAAACAAAAUCGUUCUAUUAUAAUCUCUUCUUGUGAUAUUGAGCGGUGACGGGAGUGUGUGAUGGGGUUGGGGAGCUGCGCAUGGGGAUUCUAUGUUAGAAUGUUGGUUCUCGCAAUGAGUCCACGCGCCUUUGCUGUCAUUCUGGAGUCGAUCUAUUGGAAUUCCUCAAAUACAAAGUUCUCACCUGGACAGGGGCUAGUCCUUUACCCUCAGAUUGGGGACAAGAUGGACAUUUUAUGUCCCCGGACGAGGCCCGAAGGUGGGAGCAGUGCGACAGAAUACUACCGUGUGUACCUGGUAACCCGGGAUCAGCUUCACAGCUGCACUGUCAGCCAAUCAGACACUCCGCUGUUGAACUGUGACAAGCCGGACCAAGACGUCAAGUUCACCUUCAAGUUCCAGGAGUUUAGCCCCAACCUAUGGGGCCUGGAGUUCCUCAAGGGGCGGGACUACUACAUUACCUCGACCUCCACCGGGACUCUUCAAGGGCUGGACAACCCUGAUGGAGGAGUGUGCAGAGUCAGGUCCAUGAAGCUGGUCCUCAGGGUAGGACAGAGUUCUUCUGCCUCGUCACCCCCUAAAGAUUCUCCUACCAGGUUUCCCCCUCGACACCCAAAGCCCCGAGUCAAGGACCCAACCGUAAAAGGCAAUGACACCGCUCACGGUGGUGGAGACGCCGACAGGGAGGGCGGGGCCUCGCCAGGAGGCGGGCCCGUUGGCUCUGAGGUGGGACUCUACGUUGGCGUGGCAUGUGGCUGCGCCAUCCUCCUAUUGGCCACCGUGAUACUGCUGGUGGCGGUGUGCCGUUACCACCGGCGGCACGCCAAGCCGCACGGCGAGGGGCCGCAGCCCACGUCCCUGCCCCUCAACGCCCUGGUGAAGAGCGACAGCUACGGAGGGGAUGGGGACCGGCGUGGCUCGGGGCCCGGUGACGCGAUUUUUCCACCGAGGCCCUCGGACAUGUUCUGUCGUCACUAUGAGAGGGUUGGCGGCGACUACGGACACCCGGUCUACAUCGUACAGGAGGUCGCUACCCAGAGCCCCACCAACGUCUACUAUAAGGUCUGACCUGACCCGUCGUGGAUCAAGUGCUGCCAAACACUCAAACAUUUGGAUCUGUUCCACACAUUCCAACCGGGGACAAAUACAUGCCUGUGAAUUACUUACGAAUAUCUAGACACCUACUAUGCUUUUAAAUAUGUAGACAUUGUCGAGCCGACAAUAGAAUCGCUGUAAGAGAGAAUGAGACAAAGAAAACUCAGAAGACAGCGGAGUUUUCACAAGGAAAGAUCACAAACGGAGGAAAGGUGCCACUACAUUUAUUGCUGCUAAAUGAGGGAACAGCAUUUCAUUAAAAGAGAUGCAUGAGUUGGGCAGAGGCUCAUCGGAAACUGGUCACAGAACAGAAUUAUGUUCUCCUGCUUGCGUACUUGUUCUCCUGUAGGAUAUCAGCUCAAGGUAUUGUGCAGCUCCCACACCUAAAUAUACAGUGUACUGGCAAUCAGAAUGAGUACUGGCACCUAUUUUAGUCUGAGGCCAGCGCUAAAAGAGAUCCAUGGUUUUAGAAUCGGAGCACAAUAUUGCGAAUGGCUUGAAGUAAUUUUAAAGAACCUGUGUGUCUGUGUAAUUUUGUUGAAACUGUUCUGUGAAUCGAUAUGUUGCUGUGAACUUGCUGAUAACAGGCCAACAUACCUACUGGACCCAGUUGUCUAGUUUUCAUUUGGUUGAGCUGCAAGAAUAAAAAUGCAUUUUUCACCCUG